AUGCCCGAGAGACGACAAUCUCACCCGAAGGCACCGACUGGCCUCAAUGAUGAGACUGCCGAAGAGGUGCAUGAUAUAAUUCAUCGCGCCGAGGUGGAGGAACAAAAGAUGCACGGCAAGGAUGCGCUGACGCAGGAGGACAUUGGUGUUGACGAGGGCAACCAACAACAAGACAAGUCGGCAAUGGGCAAGGUCAAGGAAGCGUUGAACCUGGGAAAAUAA